AUGAAGUGGAGGAAGUCCUGUAAGGCAUCUUCUGAAGCGGAUUCAGUUGUGUUGUUUGGGGAUUCCAAUGCCCAUGUUGGUGUUAACUCUGAGACAUGGAGGGGUGUGAUUGGGAAGAACGGGGAUAAGACCAUUUUGGCCUCGGCUACAGAAGCUUGUGGCGUUAAGCGCAUUAAUGUGACGAACAACGUGAAACGGUCAUCUUGGUGGGGAACACCGGGAGUAAAAGAAGCCGUUUCAGAGAAAAAGAAGGCUUAUAAGCUGUACAUACAGCGUAAGGAUUCUGAGUCUCGUGAUCGUUACGUUGAAGCGCGAAGGCCUGCAAAGCUCGCAGUUAAAGCCGCUAGAGAGGAGGCGUGGAAAAAGUUCGGUGAAAAGCUGGAGCUUGACUAUAGGACGGCAAACAAAACUUUCCGGCAAACAGUCCGAAGACUCCGAGGGAAGAAGAGCAAUUCCAUCCAAGGAGUAACAUCCAAGGAAGGGAAUCUUCUGACCAAAGAGGAAGAGGUAUUAAAUCGCUGGCAAGAGUACUUCUCAGAAUUGCUCAAUCCUCAGCAAGGCACUGAUGAUGACAUACCCACGAGUAAAGGCAGGAAGGAAAGUAGUCCUUCAGAGAGUGAAGUCCUGUAUGCGAUUAGUAAAUUGAAGGAUGGAAAAGCUGCAGGAAUUGACGAAAUACGUCCCGAAAUGCUAAAACUCAUGGGUAUAGUGGGUGUUAAUUGGCUCACGCGUGUCAUUAAGGUGGCUUGGCAAAGUGGGAGAGCACCAAAGGACUGGCAACGGCUGUGGAAUUCACUGUCAUUGAAAGUAGUCGAGGCAACUGGUGGUUCCGGGUUAUCCCCCAACGCCUCCAACACUGUGGAAGAGACUGACGAGGAAGCGGUAUUCCAAAGGCUGAAGCGUCCUUAA